AUGUUGAUCUUCAGCUUACUCCUGACUUUUGUGGCUAUGGGACUGAUAGACUCCAGAUGCACGAGAACCCGUAACGGUCAGGGAUAUCCCCUUACUAUAGGUUUGCUGUCGUCCAGUGCCAAUGACCAGAAGCCUCAGAACGUCUUCAAACGAGAGAUGUUUCUCAGUGGAGAAGUGGCCAACUGCUUCAAAGUCCCUAACUACCUCAACCUGGCUGUGAACGACACACUCAUGAUACCACAACAUGGCUGGACCAGGAUAGAGUCAGCCAUCAAUGACAGUGUAUCAAAUGAGACAUACAAGGGGAUUUUGCCAAAUCUUAUAGUUGGCCCAUUUUACGUCAAUUUGGCCAUGAUUUUACAGCGAAUGGGGAUCCCAUAUUUGGUGACAGAUUACAAAGGGUUUGACUGGAUUGAUAUGAACAGAGUUCAAGACACCGUCAAGUGGAAAACGGUUGUGGAAAUGAGGCCUCCAGUCCAGGCCCAGAACCUGGCAGUCUUGGAUUUAUUUCUGCACCGCAACUGGAAGAGCGCCAUGAUGGUCAUGCCUGAGAGCGCCGCCGACAACCAAGAAUGCCAAGAUUUGAUCGGACAACUGCUGAACCACAGUCUUUCGGUGAUUCCAUACACGGUGGACCCUAAGUCGCCGACGCUGACCGCAUCCCUCAGAGAGUUCCUGAUUAAUGCCAAGAUGUAUCUGCAGACUCAGCUCCUUGUCUGUAGUCCUCGCGAUCCCCGAGACAAGCUCAUCGAAGCAGUUCUUACCCUGGCUCGGCCAUUUGGAAUUCUCCAGGACAGGGAGUUUUCUUUCGUUAUGGUUGAUCCG